UUUUUGAUUUAGUAAUUUCUUUUUUUAUUUAAUUCCGGUCCAAACUGAUCUUAGACUCAUUAAAACUCAUCUAAGAGUAAAGUACAGAGGAGCAUUGAGACUUGACUGUGUUUCUAAUAGAUAUGCCUGAAAUAGUUUGUUUUUUGUUUUCAUUUUGAACGAAGUGAUCAGGGCUUCAGAAGAGCUCAUUUUAUCAGCUGUGUCCUUUCAUUCGCAAAUUUGAUCACUUUUUUGACAUUUUGAUUAGCUGGUUACUGAAAUUUAGCCAAAAUGGAGAAAAAAUGUAUGCAACUGAAAUUUACUAUGCACAUCUGUAAGAAUUCUGGGUAUUCUGGGAAGGGAAGAGUGUAUGCAAUCCUUGGUGGAGCUCUGAGUGCAUUGUCUACCUUGUCUAUGUGAGAAAAAAAACAGCAUGGUCUUUCUCCCUGGGGUCUUUUUAGUCCAGUGUCUUAUUACACACUCGUGAUCAUUUCCUUCUGUCUUGCACAAAGGGGUAGACAGGUUUCUUUAGAAUCAGUGUUUUAUAAGGACAAUGGGAUUGUUUGAGAACAAGGACAAGGAAAGUUUCUCCAGAUGCAGAUUAAACAUUAAUCCAGACACAUUUCCCUUUGGAGGAGUUGGGAGGAGUCUGUGACGGACUCAAAACAGUCUCUCUUGGUGCACCUUGCACCUCAGCAUUGCUGAGGACCCAACCACAGAGCCAUGGAGCAGGCCACAGGACUGGGGAAUGCCAUGGUCUUAACACAUGGAUUUAAUCACCGGAGGUUCACUUUCAAUCCCAAACAGGGGAUUGACAAUCCGGCUCUGGCCAUUGCAGAAGAUGCAGAUCAAUUACAAUGCAAUACAUGCCCACCCCCCCUUUCCCCAACGGAACCAGACGGGUGGUUCGUACCACGUAUUUGCAUGUUGAAUCGGAGGCAGGAGGAGAGUUUUGGGUUCUACCUGCAAAUGGAGAAAGGCCAGCGAGGUCACCUGAUCGGGCAGGUGGAGCCGUGGAGCUGGGCGGAGCGAGGCGGCUUGAGGAACGGGGACCGGCUGCUGGAGGUGAACGAGGAGUUUGUGGAUGAUGUUGAGCACCACAAGGUGGUGCAGAGGAUUGAGGCCUGUGGGCUGCAGCUGUGUUUCCUGGUCCUGGGAGGGGAAGAGUAUGCGCAGGCGGUGAGGGCGGGGGUUGACCUGCAGAGUGUGGCCAGGUCCCAUCGAGGGGAGAACUGCUCCCGCCCACAGCUCUGCCACAUCCGCAGGGACCCCAGCGCUGGCUACGGGUUCAGCAUCAUCCCUGUCCCAGGGGAGAAGGGGAAGUACUCUGUGUCCACACUGAGUGGCAGUCCAGCAGAAUUGGCGGGGCUUCGCAGUGGACAAAGGCUGGUGUGGAUCAAUGGUGCCAUGGUCUCAGGACUCACCCAUUCAGCCCUUCUCAAGAUGGUAAAGAAAAGUGCAGAUCAUGUGACCGUCCUGGUGAUCGACCGUGAGAGUGAAGGGAGCUACACCCGGCGCCGGCUGCCCAUCUUACCCACCAUGGCCGAAGCCCACAAUCUGCCCCUCCCCAGUGAUCUGUACCUGCUUCGGGGGCCGGAGGGCUUUGGCUUCGUGCUGCGGCAGGAAAUUCUGCCCUCGGGAUGCACUGCUCACCUGCUGCGUGAGGUGGAAGCUGGCAGUCCAGCAGAGCAGGCCGGCAUGGAGGAUGGGGACCUGCUGUUGGCUGUGAAUGGAGAUGCAGUGGAAAAGCUAGAGCAUGAGGAAAUUGUGCGCCGAAUCCGAUGUAGCGGGGAAAAGGUCACUCUCACCGCCAUCCAUGCCUAUGGGAGAGACCUCUACAUACAGUUGGGCCUAUCUCCUCUGAUUUUCUGUGAACAUAAACUCCAAAAAGAGGCCCAAAAGACAACAGCACCACCAUCUACUGAACUCCCCGGGGAAGGGCGGGGUGCCCGUCCCUGUCCCCAGAUUUGUGUCCUUGUGAGAGGACCUGCUGGUUUUGGUUUCCGUUUAAGCAGUGGUCAGCAUGGCAGCGGGACCUUUAUUGCCCAGGUGGAGAUAGGAGGCUCUGGAGAGCAGGCUGGAUUGCGGGAGGGGGAUGUGGUCAUUGAGGUGAAUGGCCAAAAUGUGGAGGAUGAGGAUUUAGAAGAUGUGGCGACUCUAAUGAAGAAGGGGGGUUGUUAUCUAAGACUGGUUGUUGUUGAGAGAAGUGGGUAUGAGAGACUGAAGCACAGCACGAUACCCAUUACCCCAUGACUCGUUCUCCGUAACAACUCAGGUUGAAGAAAGUCAAAAUGAUUUCUUCCAGUAAAGGACAUUGGAUGAUUCUUCUGCGGUUGAUCAUGAGCAUAUACCAUGUGGAUAAUCAAAUUUUCAGUGAUCUAAGCCAGGCCCAGCACUGCAGCUAGAGAACACAUUUUUAGUUGCUCUUCUUGUAAUACCAACAGCAAGCCUGUCAAACGCACCCCAUGUCCCCAUUAAAACUGACUUAUGGACUCCAGCACAGGAUUGCACACUGGGACAAUCACCUACCAUAUACUCCAAACAGCUGUGAGCUAGGAGACAGACACUUGGGAUUAAAAUGGCUGCUAACAUGAUGGAUAAAUGAAAAGUAACCAGUAUUAUUUUCCAUAGCAAAGCUUUGAUAGAAUCAUACCAAAUCUGUGAAUCAUUUCCAAAAAAGAAGGGAGCAUGUAUCAGGAAAACUUGUACUGGACUGAAUUAUAUGAAAUAACUGUGAAUAUAAAAGAUUAUAAGUUACAGAAAGGAUAAUCUAUUUGUGAGUUACGCACUUUUUCUAUACGGAAAACGUUUGGUUUUUUCAUAUUAUUGUUUUACAAUUUAUUCAUUAUCAGUUCUAUGAAUGUCACAGGGGGGAGAAUUCAUGCAUUAACCUGUGCCUCACCGGCAAACAGUGCAGCCCACUCACCCCCUGCAUGUCACAGAUGUGUUUAUAUUAUGCCAUGAAUGUGUAUGAAAAAGGUUUCAACUCAUACUGUGAAUGUAUUUGCUGUUAUUUUAAUAAAAUGCACUUUAACAAAAGAUAAAA